AUGUUUUCGGGAACCAACUCGGAGAGAAAACCGCGCGUAGUCGCCCUUGGAAAGCCGGAGUUCAUCAGCGACGAAUACAUAGAAGAGUUUCAAAGGGAAUUUGAUUACGAUAUUCUCGACGCCAGCAACCACCAAGAGACACUAGAAAGACUCCCUUUGAUGCUGAAAAAACAUGGCCCGAUAGAUGCUUUUAUUAUACGAAUGGGCAGACCUCCUUAUCGUCCCUUUGAUAAGAUCUUUGAACACCUCACCCCUCACUGCAAGAUAAUUGCCUCAGCAGCAGCUGGUUAUGAUGAUUUCGGCGUGGACUGGUUGACUGAAAAAAGUAUUUGGCUAUGCAAUAGUGUCGAUGCCGUUGCUGAAGCUACGGCUGACAUCGCUUUCUUCUUGGCCCUUGCUGUUAUUCGGGAUACAUAUCGUGGUGAGCGUUCUUUGCGCGAGGGUAAUUGGAGAGGCCCUGUCGUGCCGAGUCGAGAUCCCUGGGGUAUGACACUAGGGAUUAUCGGGAUGGGUGCUAUCGGAAAGUGUCUUGCGAAGCGGGCGUUAGCUUUCAACAUGAAGAUCAAGUACUACAACCGCAAUCAGUUGAGCGCUGAGGAAGAAGCCAAGUACGAAGCGACAUACUGCACAUCUCUUCACGACCUGCUCGCCCAGUCAGAUGUUGUCUCGAUUAACUGUCCUCUUACCAAAGAAACCGAAAAUCUCAUCUCGACUAAAGAGUUCGUGGCUAUGAAGGAUGGUGCGUUCAUCGUUAACACAGCGCGUGGAGCAAUCAUCGACGAGUCUGCUCUGAUCGAGGCCCUGGAAGGCGGGAAGAUUACACGAGCGGGACUGGAUGUCUUUUUGAACGAGCCUGAUUUGAACGAGUACUUCAAAACGAGUGACAAAGUUGUCAUUCAGCCUCAUGUUGCUGGUUUGACGGAUCUGGCGUUUCAGAGAGGAGAGAAAGAGGCUUUUGAGAACAUUAAGGCUCUGUUCAAGACCGGGUCACCGAUAUCUCCUGUCAACUUACCCAAAAAGUAG